UUUAUCAGGUGAAUGAAUCUUGUGUUCCUGAGUAGACCAUGUAAUCUGGAUAGACUCCUUCGCUUGUCUUGUAUAGAGAGGUCCAGAGGGUGUAUCCCAAAGAUCUUGGCAUCAUCCGGCGCCGGUGGCCGGAACCUGCAGCGAACCCAACACAACCCCGGGACUUUCAAAGCUCUUGACUAAGGUAUCCGUUGAUCACCACCUCCGUUCGCCGCCGCCGCCUCCAGAAUUUCUCCCUCCUUCAAGAAACACUCGCGGAGGAAGGCAUUUGACGUUCACCAUUCUCCAACCCCACCAUCCUCUUGGCUAUACAUAAUUACCAUCUGCGACGAAGUGCAAUGCAAUGAACUAUUCUGUCGCCGGAAGCUCUUGAAUCGCUACUCCCACUGAACCGGGCCCGGUUGGCCCCAAUAGACCACCAUGGCUAUCACUUCAGUUUCCACCGUCCUUCCCACUCGUUUUGCGAUCAACUCGUCAGAAAGGACCGCCGCAAAGCCCCCACCUCCUCCGGGCUACAAUGUCCAGGACCACCCGUUCAAGGGGUACCACGCACCCCAGCCUGAGGGCUAUGCGAAGAGCACCGGCACCAGCGCCAUCGUCAUUGACAAUGGCUCAAAUCUGGUCAAAGCCGGCUGGUCCUUCGACAAGAAGCCCCGCUUCAUCAUCCCUCCCGUUAUGAGUCGGUAUCGCGAUCGGAAGCUGAAUAAAGCCUGCCAAUUCAUCGGAAACGACGCCUAUGUCGACGCCACGACGCGCGGUCAGCUACGAUAUGCGUUCGAUCCCGGCACGAGCGUGGUGGGCAACUGGGACGUGAUGGAGGGCGUGCUGGACUACCUGUUCAUCAAGCUUGGGGUGGACGGGGGCGCCGACGGGGGCGUGGACCGACCCAUCGUUAUGACUGAGCCGAUCGCCAACUUGAACUAUGCUCGACGCAUGAUGAACGAGAUCCUCUUCGAAUGCUACUCCGCACCGUCGGUAGCCUACGGCAUUGACUCCCUGUUUUCCUACCGAUACAACCGUGGCACGGACGGCCUCAUUGUCUCAUCUUCACACACGGCCACGCAUGUCAUUCCCGUGUUGAACAACAAGGCUCUGCUGUCGAAUUGCUCGCGCUUAAAUUGGGGCGGUCUCCACGCGUCGGAGUACCUUCUGAAGCUCAUGCGCUUGAAGUACCCAACGUUUCCGGCCCGCAUGACGGAGCACCAGAUGGAGGAUUUGGUGCACAAGCAUUGCUAUGUCUCCAAGGACUACGACCAGGAAUUGAGCCGGUACCUGGACUGGACGGGAUUGGAGGACCGGGACCACAUUGUCCAAUACCCCUAUACGGAGCAUGUCAUUCCCGAGAAGACGGAGGAGGAACUGGCACGCAUUGCGGAGAGGAAGAAGGAAAGCGGGCGGAGAUUGCAAGAGCAGGCCGCCAAGAUGCGACUGGAGAAGCUGAUGAAGAAGGAGCAGGAACUGGAGUACUACAAAGAUCUACAGAACGGACUCGCGUCUGAGUCGAAGAAGGAAGCACGACGCAUCUUGGAAGCCGAAGAUCUCAAAGAUGAGGCGCACUUGGACCGCUUAAUUCGUGACCUCGAACGAUCAAUCAAGCGGUCGAGGAACCGCGAUCUUGGUAUCGAGGAGACGGAAGAACCACAGGAGGAAAUGACAUUCCCGCUGCUGGAUGUACCCGACGAGGAAUUGGAUGAGGCUGGGCUCAAGGAGAAGCGCCACCAACGGUUGAUGAAGUCCAACAUCGAGGCUCGCCAACGCGCUAAGGCCGAGAAGGAACGCGAGAAGGCCCGUCAGGAGGAGGAAGAAAGGCUUGAUCGCGAGAGGCGGGAGAAUGACUUCGACAAAUGGGUGGCUGAGCGUAGGGCUAACCUUCAAAGUAUACUACAACGCAUCAAAGAACGCGACAGGAUGAAGGCCGACUUGGGCAACCGCAAGUCACUCGCCAGCCAAAUUCGCAUGAAGACCCUCGCCAACCUGGCUGCGGACGGUCCGAAGAAGAGACGGAGAGGCGGCGAUGACGACACCUUUGGUGCCAACGACGAAGACUGGGGUGUCUACCGUACAGUGGCCACUGGCGACCAGAGUGACGAGGAAGAGGAAGAGGAUCUAGACGGCAUGCUGAACGCUGCCGAGAAGGAGCUUCUGGAACACGACCCGGAAUUCACGGAGAACCACACGCUGGCGGCGCAGUCCGACUGGACCAAGAGCCUGGUGCACGUGUUCCUGCGGGGCCCUUGGCCGUUCGAUCCUGAGAGUCAGCGUGAGGCGCAUCAGAUCCACCUGAACGUGGAGCGCAUCCGGGUGCCCGAGGUCGUCUUCAAGCCGUCCAUUGCCGGCAUUGACCAGGCGGGACUGGUCGAGAUUGCCGCCGAUAUCGUCAACCAGCGCUUUUCGAACCCGGAGGAGCAGGCCCGUCUGCUACGCGACGUCUUCUUUACCGGUGGCAACACGCUCUUCCAGAACUUUGACGAGCGGUUCCGUCAAGAUUUCCGAGCGUGUCUGCCCGCCAACAGCGUCUUGAACGUGCGCCGCGCGGCGGAUCCGGUUCUGGAUGCCUGGAAGGGCGCCGCUCAGUGGGCCUCAAGCUCGGAACUCCGCAAGUCGUCCAUUACACGACAGGAGUACCUGGAGAAGGGCAGCGAAUACCUCAAGGAACAUGAUUUGGGUAAUGUCACCACGUGGUAAGAUGAUUCAACAAUCGCCGGGUGUCUAUUCACCCGAUGGACCCUGUCGAUCUAGGUAUCCGCUCUGAUCCGCCGGUGUUUUAUCUAUUCCUCCAUGAUGUCAUUGAGGAACCUUCCGUUCGGAUCUCCGGAUAUCGCAGAAAAACCACUGCAUCUCAUCGAAAGCCGAAUUAUCUCCGCCUUGUUAACCUUGCUGCAU